CUUGAGCUGCUUGUUCUUCCCCAUGGCUGUGUCUACUGCUCAAGACCCCGUCGAAAGUUCUUGUCCAUUACCAUGCUAUCAGCCAAUCAUCUUGAGCCCGAAUGUAGGUUAACCUAUACUCAACCUAGAUACCUACAGCUCAAGUUGACUGUUAAAUCUGAUAACGAGAAGAACAGUAAAGAGGACGACCUUCUCGUCGCUUCUGACGCUGCUGCUGGCCAUGGCGUGGCGCUGCAGCGCUCUAUCCAAUGACGGACUGGUGGACAACUUGGCGCGCGCCGGGAUCGUGCAGUCCCAGCGCGUGAUCCGCGCCAUGAAAGCCACAGAUCGUGCACAGUACGUGACUUCACCGAGUGAGAGUGGCGACCCAGAAACUCGUUCAGUAUCACCCGCACAAGCCUAUCAGGACGCACCUCAGAGACUUGGAUACGAGCAGACAAUAUCAGCGCCGCAUAUGCACGCGUACGCACUGGAGUUGGCGGAUGUAGCCUUGCACAGCAUCGAGCAUCCUCGUGUGCUGGACGUCGGCGCUGGAUCGGGAUAUCUGACAGCUUGUCUAGGCCACCUCGUGGAUCAAGAAGGAGGCAGAGUUUUCGGGAUUGAGCGCAUCCCACAACUGGCACAACUGGCAAAAAGGAACAUUGAACGAGCUGACGGGGACCUGGUGCGCCGAGGCGUAGUCUCGGUUGAGCGUGCCGAUGGAUGGACAGGGCUGCCGAAUGAAGCCCCGUUUCACUUUAUUCAUGUUGGGGCUGCUGCGGUUGAGCCUCCACGAGCACUGAUGGAGCAGCUGGCGGAGGGAGGGAGACUGGUGGUACCUGUGGGUGAGCAAGGUGCGAAUCAAGUGCUGAUGGAGAUUCAACGUACGGAUAAGGAGACGUUCACGAGGCGUGAGCUCAUGGGAGUGUCGUAUGUUCCGCUUGUGCGACAGCGUACGGAGCUCUAGGAAUGCUUCGCUAUAUCACAUGCUUCUGCGGAUUUAUCAUCGUAAUGAGAAGCCUUGAAAGUUUAAAACUUACUGUACUUUGAGAUCCCUUGUUACUCUUGUUCUUAUUUUUAGUUUUGUCUAAUUUUUACUAUGCUGGGUAGUAACUCCGAGGAAUUAAUAGAUCAACAAAACUUCAUUCGUUCCAGAA